CCUCCGGCAGUCACAGGCUCAGAGCUCAGCCCUACACAUCUCCUCUUGCAUGCAACUCACUGAGAGGGAGAGGCAGCGUGUCUUCUCCACUCACAGCCGCCAGCAUCUCCAGCCACCAAGGACCUGCUUUUUGCACCUCCAACAUCCCCUCCCUUCUUCCCUGCCACUCCCUCCCAGAGAAAGAGAGUGUGAGAGACAGAGAGAGAGAGAGAGCGCGUGAGAGAGAGAAAGAGAGAGAGAGAGAGACAGAAAGAGAGAGAGAGAGAGAGAGAGAGAGAGAGAGAGAGAGAGAGAGGAAAGGAGAGAAAGAUUCUGGAAUUUGAAUCUUCCCAAAGAGGAGACACCCAGCAAACUCAGUUGAUUAAACACCAAGCAGACAGAUCAGAUCCCACUCUUCUGUGCAACGGGAGAGGUCUUUCCUCUGUAGUCCUUAGAGGUGGGGUAUGGGCAGGACCAUCUCUGGCUGCCACCAUGAAGCCUGAUUCUGCUUCCGCUCUGCUCUGGACCCUGCUCCACCGGAGUACUCAGCCGCAAGCUGCUCCUCUUCUCCCAGCCUGCUGCUACUAGGCGGUAGAAUCUCAGGACUGGUCCUUGGCCUGGAUCUGCUUUUCACCUGGCUCGUCUCACUGUCCCCUCCCUCCUCCAUCACGGCACCCGGGACUUCAGUCCUGUCCCCAGCCUCCCUGGCCGGGGCAUUUGGGGCUCUGCUGGGAGGAGCUCAUUGCUAAAAGUUUGUUCCGAUUCUGGGCUCCUUCUCCUCCUAGAAACAAGGCCUCCGGAUCCACAUGGAUAGCUGAGAUCUUUUCUUGGAGAAAGAUACUUGGUCCUCACUUCAAUCCCUCACUUCCCACCUGACAUUCCCCUGUCACUUUUCCUCUGCCUUUUUAUUGGAUUGCUUGCUGGUGUAUCCCUCUCUCUCCUUACUCACUCUCCCAGCAUUCUUGUGUGUUCGUCUUUCCUCCUGUGUAUCCUCGGCUGGAUCCCACCCCACCACCCAACUCUGUCUUGUCUUCCUCUCUCCUUUCCAUCACCAAAGCCCUUUUCUGAGAGCCUGUCCACUCGGCAGGGCCGUGGCCCAACAGCCACCAUGAGCUUCACCCUGCAUUCGGUUUUCUUCACGUUGAAGGUGAGCCUCUUGCUGGGAUCCCUGGUGGGGCUCUGCUUGGGCCUUGAGUUCAUGGGUCUACCCAACCAGUGGGCCCGCUACCUCCGCUGGGAUGCAAGCACACGCAGCGACCUGAGCUUCCAGUUCAAGACCAACGUCUCCACGGGGCUGCUGCUGUACUUGGAUGACGGCGGCGUCUGUGACUUCCUCUGCCUCUCGCUCGUGGAUGGCCGCGUCCAGCUCCGUUUCAGCAUGGACUGCGCCGAGACCUCCGUGUUGUCCAACAAGCGAGUGAAUGACAGCAGCUGGCACUUCCUGAUGGUGAGCCGUGACCGCCUGCGCACGGUGCUGGUGAUUGACGGCGAGGGCCAGUCUGGGGAGCUGCAGCCCCAAAGGCCCUACAUGGAUGUAGUCAGUGACCUAUUCCUUGGUGGGGUCCCAGCUGACAUUCGGCCUUCUGCACUGACCCUGGAUGGAGUACAAGCCAUGCCCGGCUUCAGAGGAUUAAUGUUGGAUCUCAAAUAUGGCAACUCGGAGCCUAGACUUUUAGGGAGCCAAGGCGUCCAGUUGGAAGCAGAGGGACCCUGUGGUGAGCGCCCCUGUGAAAACGGUGGGAUCUGCUUCCUCCUGGAUGGCCACCCCACCUGCGACUGUUCCACCACUGGCUAUGGAGGCACUCUCUGCUCAGAAGAUGCCAGUCAAGGUCCAGGCCUCUCCCACCUCAUGAUGAGUGAACAAGCUCGAGAGGAAAACGUGGCCACAUUCCGAGGCUCGGAGUACCUGUGCUACGACCUUUCUCAGAACCCGAUCCAGAGCAGCAGCGAUGAAAUCACCCUCUCCUUUAAGACCUGGCAGCGCAAUGGGCUCAUCUUGCACACUGGCAAGUCGGCCGACUAUGUCAACCUGGCUCUGAAGGAUGGUGCGGUCUCCUUGGUCAUUAACCUGGGGUCCGGGGCCUUUGAGGCCAUUGUGGAGCCAGUAAAUGGAAAAUUCAACGACAACGCCUGGCAUGAUGUCAAAGUGACUCGCAACCUCCGGCAGGUGACAAUCUCUGUGGAUGGCAUCCUUACCACAACAGGCUACACUCAAGAGGACUACACCAUGUUGGGCUCAGAUGAUUUCUUCUAUGUCGGAGGAAGCCCAAGCACUGCAGACCUGCCAGGAUCACCUGUGAGCAACAACUUCAUGGGCUGCCUUAAGGAGGUUGUUUAUAAGAAUAAUGACAUCCGUCUGGAGCUGUCUCGCUUGGCCCGGAUUGGGGACACCAAGAUGAAAAUCUAUGGUGAAGUUGUGUUUAAGUGUGAGAAUGUGGCCACUCUGGACCCCAUAAACUUUGAGACCCCAGAGGCUUACAUUAGCUUGCCCAAGUGGAACACCAAGCGCAUGGGCUCCAUCUCUUUCGAUUUCCGCACCACCGAACCCAAUGGCCUGAUCCUCUUCACGCACGGGAAGCCCCAAGAGAGGAAGGAUGCUCGGAGCCAAAAAAACACCAAAGUAGACUUCUUCGCUGUGGAACUUCUGGAUGGCAACCUAUACUUACUGCUGGACAUGGGCUCAGGCACCAUCAAAGUGAAGGCCACGCAGAAGAAAGCCAAUGAUGGGGAAUGGUACCAUGUGGACAUUCAGCGGGACGGCAGAUCAGGUACCAUAUCCGUGAACAGCAGGCGCACGCCCUUCACCGCCAGUGGGGAGAGCGAGAUCCUGGACCUGGAGGGGGACAUGUACCUAGGCGGCCUGCCCGAGAACCGAGCCGGCCUCAUUCUGCCCACCGAGCUCUGGACGGCCAUGCUCAACUACGGCUACGUGGGCUGCAUCCGCGACCUGUUCAUCGACGGGCGCAGCAAGAACAUCCGGCAGCUGGCCGAGAUGCAGAACGCAGCGGGCGUCAAGUCCUCCUGCUCGCGCGUGAGCGCCAAGCAGUGCGACAGCUACCCCUGCAAGAACAACGCGGUGUGCAAGGACGGCUGGAACCGCUUCAUCUGCGACUGCACGGGCACCGGCUACUGGGGCAGGACCUGCGAGCGAGAGGCAUCCAUCCUGAGCUAUGACGGCAGCAUGUAUAUGAAGAUCAUCAUGCCCAUGGUGAUGCACACUGAGGCAGAGGAUGUGUCCUUCCGCUUCAUGUCUCAGAGAGCCUAUGGGCUUCUGGUGGCCACUACUUCCAGGGAUUCUGCUGAUACUCUGCGUCUGGAGCUGGAUGGUGGGCGCGUCAAGCUCAUGGUUAACUUAGACUGUAUCAGGAUAAACUGUAACUCCAGCAAAGGACCCGAGACCCUGUAUGCAGGGCAGAAGCUCAAUGACAACGAAUGGCACACCGUUCGGGUGGUGCGGAGGGGGAAAAGCCUUAAGUUAACGGUGGAUGAUGACGUGGCCGAAGGUACGAUGGUGGGAGACCAUACCCGCCUGGAGUUCCACAACAUUGAAACAGGCAUCAUGACAGAGAAGCGUUACAUCUCUGUUGUCCCCUCCAGUUUCAUUGGCCACCUGCAGAGCCUCAUGUUUAAUGGUCUGCUCUACAUUGACUUGUGCAAGAAUGGUGACAUUGACUACUGUGAGCUGAAGGCUCGUUUUGGGCUGAGGAACAUCAUUGCUGAUCCUGUUACCUUCAAGACCAAGAGCAGCUACCUGAGCCUCGCCACCCUGCAGGCCUAUACCUCCAUGCACCUCUUCUUCCAGUUCAAGACCACUUCGGCCGAUGGCUUCAUUCUCUUCAAUAGCGGUGACGGCAAUGACUUCAUUGCGGUUGAGCUAGUCAAGGGGUAUAUACACUAUGUGUUUGACCUUGGAAAUGGCCCCAAUGUGAUCAAAGGCAACAGUGACCGUCCUCUGAACGACAACCAGUGGCACAAUGUUGUCAUCACUCGAGACAACAGUAAUACCCACAGCUUGAAAGUGGAUACCAAGGUGGUCACUCAGGUCAUCAAUGGUGCCAAAAACCUGGAUUUGAAAGGUGACCUCUACAUGGCUGGCCUGGCCCAAGGCAUGUACAGCAAUCUCCCAAAGCUUGUGGCCUCCCGGGAUGGCUUCCAGGGAUGCCUGGCCUCAGUGGACUUGAAUGGACGCCUGCCUGACCUCAUCAAUGAUGCUCUCCACCGCAGUGGGCAGAUCGAGCGAGGCUGUGAAGUUGCGUUGACCAAAGCUGACCUGCAAGGACCCAGUACCACCUGCCAGGAGGAUUCAUGUGCCAACCAAGGGGUUUGCAUGCAGCAGUGGGAGGGCUUCACCUGUGACUGCUCUAUGACAUCAUAUUCUGGAAACCAGUGCAAUGAUCCUGGCGCUACGUACAUCUUUGGGAAAAGCGGUGGUCUCAUCCUCUACACCUGGCCGGCCAAUGACAGGCCCAGCACACGCUCAGACCGCCUGGCCGUGGGCUUCAGCACCACGGUGAAGGAUGGCAUCUUAGUCCGCAUAGACAGCGCCCCAGGACUUGGAGACUUCCUCCAGCUUCAUAUAGAACAAGGGAAAAUUGGAGUCGUCUUCAAUAUUGGUACAGUUGACAUCUCCAUCAAAGAAGAGAGGACCCCCGUCAAUGACGGCAAAUACCACGUGGUGCGCUUCACCAGGAAUGGUGGCAAUGCCACUCUCCAGGUGGACAACUGGCCAGUGAAUGAGCACUAUCCCACAGGCAACACUGAUAAUGAACGCUUCCAAAUGGUAAAACAGAAAAUCCCCUUCAAAUAUAACCGGCCCGUAGAGGAGUGGCUGCAGGAAAAAGGCCGGCAGUUAACCAUCUUCAACACCCAGGCGCAAAUUGCCAUCGGUGGGAAGGACAAAGGGCGCCUCUUCCAAGGCCAACUCUCUGGGCUCUAUUAUGAUGGUUUGAAAGUACUCAACAUGGCAGCUGAGAACAACCCUAAUAUUAAAAUCAAUGGAAGUGUCCGGCUAGUGGGAGAAGUCCCAUCCAUCCUUGGAACCACGCAGACGACCUCCAUGCCUCCAGAAAUGUCUACCACUGUCAUGGAAACCACCACAACAAUGGCUACUACCACCACCCGCAAGAACCGCUCUACAGCCAGCAUUCAGCCAACAUCAGAUGACCUUGUUUCGUCUGCUGAAUGUUCAAGUGAUGACGAAGACUUCGUUGAAUGUGAGCCGAGUACAGGUAGGUCAGGAGGUGAAUUAGUUAUCCCUCUUCUUGUAGAAGACCCUUUAGUUACCCCUCCUAUUGCUACUCGUGUUCCUUCCAUUACACUCCCCCCUACCUUCCGCCCCCUCCUCACCAUUAUUGAGACCACCAAAGAUUCCCUGUCCAUGACCUCUGAGGCGGGGUUACCUUGCUUGUCGGACCAAGGCAGCGAUGGUUGUGAUGAUGAUGGCUUGGUGAUAUCUGGGUAUGGCUCAGGGGAAACCUUUGACUCUAACCUGCCCCCUACUGAUGAUGAAGAUUUUUACACCACCUUCUCCUUGGUAACAGAUAAGAGUCUUUCCACUUCAAUCUUCGAAGGUGGCUACAAAGCUCAUGCGCCCAAGUGGGAAUCCAAGGACUUUAGACCUAACAAAGUCUCGGAAACUAGUAGGACUACUGCCACAUCUCUGUCCCCUGAGCUGAUCCGCUUCACGGCUUCCUCCUCGUCUGGGAUGGUACCCAAAUUGCCAGCCGGCAACAUGAAUAACCGUGAUUUCAAACCCCAGCCUGAUAUAGUCUUGCUCCCGUUGCCCACUGCCUAUGAGCUAGACAGCACCAAACUGAAGAGCCCACUAAUUACUUCCCCCAUGUUCCGUAAUGUGCCCACAGCAAACCCCACGGAGCCGGGAAUCAGACGGGUCCCGGGGGCCUCAGAGGUGAUCCGGGAGUCCAGCAGUACCACAGGGAUGGUCGUCGGCAUUGUGGCUGCUGCCGCCCUCUGCAUCUUGAUCCUCCUGUACGCCAUGUACAAGUACAGGAACAGGGACGAGGGCUCCUACCAGGUGGACGAGACGCGGAACUACAUCAGCAACUCGGCCCAGAGCAACGGCGCGCUGGUGAAGGAGAAGCAGGCCAGCUCCAAGGGCGGCCACAAGAAGCAGAAAAACAAGGACAGGGAGUACUACGUGUAAACGCGCUGAUGCGCCCGACGCACCUGAGCACCUUGACCUUGGGAUGGGACAGCCGUCCGAACUGCUCUAAACCGCCACACGGGGUGGACAUGCCAUGACGUACGGUGGGAAAACCAUUUUUACAAGGACACACCCACACCCACACUACACACACACACAUACAAACACACACACACACACACACACACAUACAAUGACGCAUCUCUGCGUAAACAUCAUGCAUGGGUCGAUGUUGCAGGCACGGCCCGGAGACAGAAAGUUCUAUCUGCCCAGCUGUAUUAUAAAAGCACACACACUUAGACGCCUGGAGCAGUUCCCUGGACGUGGAAGCUUCUUUGUUUCUCUCUCCAGGACCUUCUGCGAAGGGUAAAAAAGACUCUGUGGCUUACUUGUUCCAUAACUCCAAGUGAGUCUGUAAUGAUGUUUGUGAAGCCUGACUGUAAUGAUGUCUUUUAUUUUUUUUUGUUUAAUUAUGUAAAAAAAAUACACACACACACACACACCAAAAAAACAAAAACAAAAAAAAAAUGAGAAAAGAAAAUGCUUAAAAAAUAUACCAAAAAAAAAAAAAAAUACCCACCUUUAUCUGAUUCUGGCCAGUGUGCGUGUAACUUUUCAAGAUCUGAGGGGAAAAUGGCUAUUGGGUUUUAGUUUAUUUUUUUGACAAUGACUGGACAUAAGAAGAAGAUAACAAUUACUCGGAACACAAAAAGUGUGAGAGACUAUUGGCAUAUGAACUCAAAAGCUAGCAUGGUGUUCACUCCACUUAAUAGGUUGUGAUGUCUGUAGGAUCUGUUGUUUGUUCCUGUCAGAUGCUCUGAUGGACACACAGCAAAACCCAUGCAGUAGAUGGUGAUAUGACGUGAAAAGCUGGUCCCCCAAGAUCUACUUUCUAGUAUUGGCCACCCACACCUCAAACAGAUGGGUUUUGGGCUGGUUUUUAUCUGAGCUAUUGGCUUUACUUACUAAUCUCGUUCCUGUCCAUUAACCCAAAUUGUGCGCAAGAGAAACGCCCCACAAAUUUUAAAUGACCUUUCCUGAGAAAGGGAAAGGGGGGUGGGCUGGAUCUGUAAUUGGUUGACAUGCAUGCAAACCAAAUAAACGAAAAAAAAGAACAAAUGACAAUACUAGUCUGUUGAACAGUCAUAACAGACAGGAGGGGAGUUCAACUUGUGCUGGAACCGCAAAAGGUCACACAAGCCAAACACUCAUGACAGACUGAAAUACAUUGUUCUUUCCCGCCCCGCCCCCACACCUAACAUGGAAACGGUUUUCAUAGUGGUCUAAUUUUGUAGCUGAUGUGAAUAACUCUAUCUUUCCAUCUGCUCACUUCUCCCUUCGCCCAUCUUUUUUAAAACAAGUAAUUGAAUAAAGCUGCUGUGACACACAACAAAGGAAUUUAAUAGUAUAAUAUAUAUAAAUAAAUAUAUAUAUACAGAUAUAUUUAUCAUGGUAUGCUUGAUGGGAUGACUGACACAGGAAUCUGUUAAAGUCUUGAAGUGGAAGAGAAUGUUAUUUUAAAAGAAAAUAACAAAACAACAAAAAAGUAAACCUUCAAAUGUGAAGAAAGUGUGAGUUUUCGUUUUGUCACAGUUAACUGUGAAGAAGAGAAUUUAAACAAAAAAAAAUCUUCUCAGAUUUUGUUUACAUAUUUUACUACAUUUUUGCUGGUAUAAUUCCUUAGUCACCUAUGUACAUACCGCUUUAAGAACUGUUAUUUCCUGUUUCUCUGUUUAUUUCGUUUGCUUUGUAUUCAAGUUGUCUUUUUGUCUUCUUUUUUUUUUUGUAAAGAGGAAACAAUGUACAGAAUAAUAAUAAACUGGUUUUGUGGCCAUAACUAUUCUAAAAGCAAGAAGACAAAGCAAGACAAAUAUUCACACAGAAAUGAAGUGUGUCGUCUGGAGGGUCAGAUAUAUACAAUUUCUUUUGUACAGAUGAGAAACAGUCAGCUGUUUAGAUUUAGAAAUCUACUCUUGCUGGUCUUUGUAAGUUGCAUGGAUAUUUGACUUUGAAAAUAAAAGUAUCUUAAAGACACGGGGCAAAAGGCACAAUCUAAACAAUGGUUGCCUUUACUAAUGUGUAUGGAAAGAGGUGUUCCUCCUUAUGAUAUUUCAGUGUGUUAAGAUUUUUUUUAAUUUUUUUGUUGUCAUUAAAAAGACAGGAUUAUACAAAAGAUAUUAAAGCACGAUUUAGGUAAAUGGCCCAGCCUAUAUGAAGUUGAUUAUAUCUCGAUGUCUGUAAAAGAUUGCUGUUCCUGGAGUCUUGAUGUUUUGUGAGCUGGUUUUUUGCUUUAUUUCUUUAUACAUUUUUAUUUGAGUAAAGACACAUUUGUUAUAUUCCUUUUAGUGUAAGUUUCUAUUUGGAUAAUUUUAUGGGAACACGUGCAUUCUGUAUGUGAGCUUUAUCAUAUUCCUGUUGUUUUAUUAGCUGAGCCUAAAGGAAUUUAUUUUAUGAUGUUGUGACGUUACGGCUUUUUCUUUUUCCUUUCUCUUUUGUUUCAUAUUUGCAUUUUCGUUCAAGGAUAUGCUUAGCAAUAAAAUGUUCUUCCCAAAACCUUG